AUGACGACCCCGCUCUCACCAGGGCUCGCCCUUUCCGAUGCUAGGCUCCUUCUGGAGCAUCCUUACCUCCCAAUGGAGGCUGGUGUUGCGGCCACCAAUGAUGGCAUGUAUCACAUUGCAGCUUCAACCUACAUGAAGGGCUCAACUGGUGCUAUGAUAGACUGGUGGUUCGGCUGGAUCCAUACCACCGACCAGUACAAACUUUGGCAUCCUCGCGACCAUGUCUUCUCGGAUUGGCAAGGCCCACGCAACAACGACAGUACUUAUAUCGGUGGACAUCACCUCGUUCACGAAUUUUUCGGCGGUGAACUCGCCAAGCUCAAGAUUUCCUUCCGUGACCCCGCUGAAUAUUUUGGUCCGACCUGGAAGGAAGACUUUCAACGCGCUGGCUACUCCACCGCGAUAUGUGGGAGAACCGGUAACUGGAACGAUCAGACCGGCGAGGUCAACUACAUGGGUCAUCUGAUACACUUGAUCAAAGAUGAGCCGGAUGGUGUUCGAAUGCGAUCGCGAUUCUGGCUCGGGGAUAUUCCAGGAGUCUCGCCAGAGGCGAGAAGGGCUAUGGUUCCUGAAAAGUUACCUAUGGCAUUGCUGCAACAUGCCACCGAAGAGAUGGCGAUCUUGGCUACUGUUCUACCUGGUUUACACGAGCAGCACGCUAGGAAAGAGUAG